GUACGACACGCUCUCUCAAGUUUUGUGCCCCCAACGAUCUGCCCUGCCUUUCCAAGGCCUCUAGCCGGUCUCUAGUCGGGCUGGAGUCAGUCUCCAUCACCCUUGCCAGAUCGGCAUCCGAGUUCACAGCUCUAAAUCCGCCUGUCUCCGCUCGGACCCAUCCUGAUAGUGAGACAGGAUACAGUCCCUCGUGCGACUAGUCGCAAGUCUUGUGUUUCGCACCGCUGAGCGGUCCCCGGCAGGCGAGCAUCGAGCCCAUGGCACUAGCGCUAAACUCGGCCCUUACCUCGGGCUUCCCUUUUCUGUACCUCGGGCAUGUACCUCGGAGGUUUCGCCCUCGACCUCCACAACGACCUCAGCUCUCUGCUGUCCCAGUAGCGGAAAGUAUGCCGAAGGUUCAGACCACUGUAACUCGUGAUUCGGCCCCCUUUAAGCAAAAUGUGAACAGCCUGAAGCGCAAUCAGGCCUGUCAUCAGUGCCGCAAGAGAAAGCUGAAAUGCGAUGCCAAACGACCUUGCUCUACGUGCCUGCGUUCGCACGCAUAUGCUCUCUCGCAUGCACCCCCGAGUGAGCGAAGCUCUCUGCCCCCCAAACCCGAGUGCACCUACGAUGAAGUGUCAACUGCCGAACCACCCGAACAAACACCUCCUGCCCCGAAGACUCGUUAUGAAAAGCUCGAAAGUCGAAUCAAUGAGCUAGAGUCUCUUUUGAAGGAGAGAGCUACUAGGUCACCGACGCCGUCACCGUCAAGCCUGUCAGCUCGCCCUAGCAACGUAGCCGAUUCUAGGUCUUUGACAUCCCCGGAUGGCCUCGGCAUGUUCACGUCUGUGCCUCCCGCCAACACCACUGUAUCAUCCUUGGAGACGGGCGGAACCAAUUCCUGGGCUGAAGUGUUCAUCGGCGAUCAGUCCAAUCCUGUUUAUUCCGGCCAUCAUAUUUCGCAGAUCACCGGCAUGAGCUCGUUGGAAGAUCUUGCAGGGCUCGCUGCUAUGAUGGAACAGGACCCGCCGCAGACAGCAACCAUAACUAGUGUACCAUCGCCCAACUCCGAUGGGCAGAUCGGUAGCUCGAUGUCGCCGCAGUCGAACUCGGAUAGCGGCUACUCUGAGCCUUCCCCGCUGAGCGAUGCAGAACAUAGCCUGCUCUUUCUCGCAUGGCCCGUUAAUCUUCCAGACCCAAUGACGACGAAACACCUUGUGGAAGCGUUCUUCACACACUGGAUCCACGCUACACGGAUGUUCCACGCCCCACAGUUCUUCACCUCUCUGAACCUUCACCCAUCAGACCCUGGCUUCCCUCGCCCGGCCCUAUUGCACGCCAUGUGUGCAAUAGGAAGUAUGUUCACGUCGCACUUCCCGUCAGGUCACAUUAUCGAGAGCUAUGGAUACGAUCCUGUGUUGAAACGAAAACGCCAUUCUCCUCCCAAGAUGUCGUCCUUUUCCGCCCAGCAGGCGCGGUUUGCUAAAGAGGCCUAUGAGGAGGAUAUGGAUUCCGCCACAAAUCUUUUCGAGAACUCGCAAGCGCGGAUAAUGCUCACCUGGUUCUACUUUGCCCAAGCGAAAUGGAUAGACAGCUGCUUGUCAUCAGCCAUGUCUCUGAGGGCUUGCACUACGAUGGGUCUGAACACCUGUAUACCUUUCAUUGGUCUCUCUACUCAGCCUAUGGAACGACCACCGUCAAUAUUGGCUCCUGCAAAGAGUGUGAUCGAGGAUGAGAUGCGACGGAACAACUUCUGGAUCGCAUACAGCCUUGAUCGUGAGUCGGGCGCCGGUCACUCCUGGGCCAUGAAUAUCGACGACCAAGACGUCUCCCAGCUCUUCCCUCUCCCCAAGGACCAGUGGGAACAGGGUGUAAUGGUGCUCGCCCCCGAUCGCCAGUUCUCCCAUGCGCGCAACGCGCUCUCCGUCUACCCCUCCGACCAGACGGACCCGUUCAUCAUGUUCUGCAAGGCAACGAUGCUGAUGUCCAAGGUCAAGAACUUCUGUCUCCGCUACCGCGCGCUGCAGUUUUCGGGAGAUGCGUCUGUGCGUGUGCCAGAUGGCGUAGCGGAGUUACCAGGCCCGGGUCCAAACUCGGGGUCGAUCAGGGACUCGCAAGCUUUCGUGGAGCUGAACCAGACAAUACAGCUCAUGAAGGCGUCGUUCCCAGCGUCGAUGAAGAACGUAAUAACAGAUGGCAAGCUCGAUCUGUACACUUAUGGCGCGUGGAACAUCAUCCACUUGGCACAAAUUCACCUCCAUGAGCCGUUCGCUAGGCCUGGGUACCGAUCCUGCUCGUCCGCGUUCGCCAUCCUUACUGCAGCCCGUGCAAUCGUCGAUCUCCUCCACAUAGUCACGUCGACGAGCUACGACGUCUCGCUUGUAGAUACCUGGCCAUACCUGUGCUGGUAUAUGGCCGGCCGAGUUCUAGUGAGAUUUCUCAAGGCGGCGCAGGACCAGAAUCUGCACGAACAGCUCAUCCCCCUGCGCGCCGAAAUUUCCUUCCUACGGGGUACACUCAUGAAGGCGGGCGAGCGUGUUCCACUUGCAUACUGCUACUACAAAAUGCUCGUUGCGGUUGUCGCGCAGACAGGUGUCGAGGUCCUAGACAGCGACGCGAUGCAAGUCUCGAUGGCGACAACGCGCGACAUUGAGACAAAUUUCCAGUUUGCGCAGGGUGUUAACAAGAACCCCGAGCCUUCGCCUUUGAUUGGCAUGGCUUGAUAUCCGUUUUUGGUGUGAGCGUCGAUCGUCGUCGUGAUGUUAUUAUUUAUGCACUUUAUGGGGGACUUGGGAGGAAGGGGCUUGGAUUAUAAUAUUAUCUCGUGCACAACUUGUACUCUAAA